AUGGACAACUGUUCUGACUACCAUAGCUCCCAAAAAAUCUCUGGCCUUCAUCCUGUUUAUGGCAUAUUAUCCAUCUUGGGAAUUAUUGGAAAUGGGAUAGUAUAUCGAGUGAUUAGGCAACAGAAAGGAUCUAAUGCACAAUCAGCUGAAAUAUUUAUCACCAGUUUAGCGGUUGCCGAUAUGUUAACUGGAUUGUUCGCUAUAGCUGUACCCGAUUUUGUUAUUCCUUACAAAUAUUAUCAUUAUCCAUCAAUAGGUUUACCAGUUUUCUGCGCUAUGGUCAGCUCGCAAUAUUUUAUAUUUUACUUUGGCUUCAUAUCAUUAUAUACGAUAGCAGCUAUUAGCUUUGAACGAUGGUGCGCUAUUGCAGUUCCUUCGAGUUAUCGCUGUUUAUUUCAAGCUCAUCGCACCAAACGUUAUGUCAUGAUAAUCUGGUUAGUCGGGUUAAUCUUUCCUAUUGACAAUAUAUUUAAACAUGUAUUGGUCAAUAAAGAUGGUUGCGGCCGUUGUAGAUGGACCGUGAUGUUUAAUAAUGAUAGCAUCGAAAGGAUUGUCUUUCUGAAUUUAGAACUUAUUAGAAUCUUCCUUCCAACUAUUUUAAUUGUAUUUUUCUAUAGUGACAUUGCUAGACGUAUUUGGUCUAUAAAUUCGCAUUUUCAAAAUCGUGAUACUUUUUGUAUCAAAAUUACGGUUAUGGCUUUCUUUGCAGCAUUCGUUUUCUUAUUAUGUUGGAUACCUAAUGAACUAUAUUUCACAUUAGUUAUCUUUAAAGUUACCAAAAUGGAUUCGGUAAUACAUCGAACAACGAAAUCCAUGAUUAUCUUAAAUUCAUGCUUAAAUCCAAUCAUUUACAUGUCUGCAAAUUCAAAAUAUCGAAAAUGCUUUAGGCAAUGGUUAUUGGGUCACAAUCGAAUUACUUUUGUUGCACCCAAAAUGGCAGCUUAA